CCUCUGCCCAUCCACUCCAGACAGAUCGUCUGCAAUACCCCAGGACAUUUGUCAAGAAGUCUACCGGCCCGACGAUCUUAUCGCACCACCACUCCGUUCACAUAUCUUCGGGUGUCCGCCCCUAUAUCGAGACCUCACGACGCGCAAUUGCUGUCCUCAUCGACCUCCAGUGCGACGAUCGAGUAGUCCUGUUGACACUAUCAAGAGACACAUGCCACAGUCCACAUCUCUGGAACAUGCAUAUAACGUCAGACCAACGGCCUUGACUCGUGCGACACCCAACCGUCAUACACACUGGGUACUCGUCUGCUAGAGCCACUUUGACUCCACACGUUGGACAUGACUUCUACUCAACCUCUUCCCUCUCCGACCCUCUCUAUCCCUCCCAACAGCCCAUCUAUACGUCACCCUAAUUCUCGUGACGACCACCUCCCAAUAUCAUCACCUGGGCCCACGAGGCACCCUCCAGCGACCCCUACUAUUCAAAGUGCACAUGGACCCCAGACGUCCUCCAACAUGGCUGCGUCCGGUUCUUUCUUCUCAGAAACCCCAGCCGUGGAACAUGUCCUUGAUGCCAACGAAGACGUCGAGGAUCCCCAUGACCUGUCUUUCUCUUCAAAUCAUAUCCUGAGGGCUUCGAUGGUGGACAAUCUGGUCAUGUCCCUGGACCAGUUCUCCGCCAAUUUCGAUGACUCUCCCUACAACUCUAGAAAUGUCACAUACGACACUACAACCCCAACCCGUCCGCGGACCAGAGGACAUACCCUCUCCUCCUCCGUCUCUUCUGAAGGCGACGCAUACGACCUGAGAAGCAUGCCCAAGAUUCCCGAAUUCGUUCCCCGAAACCAUCCACGUCCGGCUACCCGUCAUCCGAAGAGCGCUCAGAACGUUCCCAAAUUGCCUAGCAUCUUUGGUGAAGAUGAGGACUCGGUACGUUCAAAGGUCUACGAUGCCCAAAGAGCACCUCCCCCGGCCGGAGCAAGGAGAAAGAAAAACACAUCCACAAGUGGUAAAAGUACCACCAGUAGCAAUUCCUCAAGUAUAGAUCUGGGCCACCUCGCAGGUCUGUCAGAGAGACUAGGGGCCGUGGGCAAGAGGCGAUCGCGCAGCUUCGACUACGGCUCCAGGCAGAGGGUUCUUCGGACUGCUAAGAUGACGGGUGAAGUCGAGGGUGCUUCAACCUCAGGCAUCUUCUCUGGCUCCGAGUCUCACCCUGCUCCAAAUGCCUCCAUCACCGCCCUACCCCUCAUUCGGAAACCAAGCAAUAGAUCCUCAAAGAGUGCCCAUGGCAGGAAGGGCCGCUCAAAUGCCCUAGGUACGGCGACCGUGAAGAACAACAAUGAGCCAGCAGUUCAGAUUCAUAGCAUGAAGAAUUCCUUAACUCAUCCUGGUGCUGCACAUGAUCAAAAGCACAACGCCGCCCCAUCUCCAGCCGAAAUCACACCUGUCUCCAGACCUGGCUUUUUCCGGCGCGUCUUUGGUUCGUCUAAAACGCCUGCAGUACACUCAGACCUUCAGGUGAAAACCAAUGGUCGAUCAACACCAGUGCACGACGAGACUCCGGUACCAAGUACCCCAACUAGCCGUGGCCUCAAAACCCCCGGAUUGCCGUCAACAGAUGUGUCGGCAAACAAGGAAAAUCACCCGGUUCUGACCAAGAAAUCUUCAGCCUUCUUCCGACGACGCAAGAAGUCAAUCUCCACAGCCGUUCCACCUCCAUUGCCCUUGGCCUUGGCUUCUCAAUUCAAACCUGAGCCUGAAGUUGUGGGUGAUGCCAGCCCCGUCAGCAGCCUAAGAGCGUUCAUGGACCCGUAUCUGAACGAGAGCCAGGCUGAAAGGGGCUCUGGUCACGUUCGAACAAAUUCAAUGCAGGGCUUCUACACCCCCAAUCUUCCUCCACCCUCAUUCAAUUUGAGCAAAGAGGCCACUAAUCGCUCUAGCCACCGCCGUACUGAAUCCCAUGGAAGCAACAGAACAUUGAGAUCCAACCAGAAACCUACGUCCAAUCUACUCAUUCCGCAUCAGGACUCUUUUCUCGCCGACAACAGCAGCUCGGGCAGUCUGGAAGAUCCUGUCAAGAAAUCACCACAUGAUUCCAGUAUUCAUUCCGACAACGACCGCUCUGGUCUGCGAGCUCGUCAAUCCGUUUCUGAGCUUAACAAGGGCCGUUCUUCUUCACACAGUCCCAACCCCAAGCCUGACACGGAAUCUAAGAAGACUAUCCCAAGGCAGAGAUCCUGGAGAUCUGACCGUGUGUCGCUCCCUGCAACCGUCACGACUGCCUCUCAAGCAGGAACGUCUUCGAGUCCUGACCCAAGCGACAGGACCAAGUCAUCGGCUCCACUCCGAGUGGCCACCCAUCUGGAAUCAGCUCGCAAAAAUUCCAUACCUGUUGUCGCCCUUGACUCAACAUCUGAUUUGAGCGAGUACAAGUCAGCUCCCAGCACCCCUUUGAUCAUCGAGACGCCAGUCAACGUGAAGGUGGAUUUGACCCCAUCAGAUGCUGCCGUGCCUCUUGUUUCCCAAAUAUCUGCCGAUGAGAGCUAUGUUUCCAAGGCGCGACGCAUUUUUGACAAUGUUGAUGAUGAGGUGGACUCUUCCACCGUCGGAGCCUGGUUAGGUGAGGCCGGACCCGAGAGGGAGCAGGUGCGCAAGGCAUACAUGGAACUCUUUGAUUGGUCGAACCAAGACAUUCUUGAUUCGCUUAGAAGCCUCUGCGACCACGUAGCGUUGAAAGGCGAAACGCAACAGAUGGACCGAAUCGUGGAUGCAUUUGCUAAGCGAUGGUGUGCGUGCAACGAGGCUCAUGCCUUUAAAUCAAGUGAUGUUGUACACACAAUCUGCUACUCAAUAUUGCUGCUCAAUACCGAUUUGCAUUUGGCUGAUAUCGGGCAAAAGAUGACCCGAGUACAGUUUGUGCGAAACGCUUUGCCGACAAUCGUCGAGGUAGCCCAAGGAAAGGAUGCAGACAAAACCUUGCGAACUCCCGCGAUUGGGUCCAACUUCAACGGGUCAUCCGUGGGAGAUGCCGAUGAACGAGCACAGGAAAAGGGCCUUCCCUGCCGGGAAUCGAGACAGAACUCGACCUGUGAAGGUGGGCCUGGCCGAGCUUGGGAAUCACACAUUGAAAAUGUUUUGAGGGCCUUCUAUGUGUCCAUAUCCCAGGAGCCGCUGCCAUUAUCGGGAGUGCCACUGGAACCAAACACCACUUCAUACCCGCCCAACAGCUUCCUCACCAUCGGCUCAAACAUGCUUCGACGCACACCUAGCGUUCUGAGCAAGGCUCAUUCAGACACUCACCGUGGACGAAUCACAGGCGAGAGCAAAUCACUUGGGGCGCGAUGGAUCAGCAAGACGCGGUCACGCCCCCGGCUGCCCUCAGCACCCGGGUUUGGAUCUAGUAGAACCAGCAUCGAUGAUCAAUCUUCGGCUUGGAGUCCAUCCAUGUCAAGUACAUGGAGUCGAGCGUCACUGGGCAAGACUCUGACAUCGAUGUCAGUGGACUCAUUGGGAACCGAGUAUGGACAUAAUGACUACCAAUCUUCGAUCGGGUUUGCCAACGCUCUUAGUCAAGCCAUUAUUCGGGAGGAUCAGCUCGAGUUCCCCGUUGAGGAAGGACCAAAAGCAGGAACACUACUUGAAGAUGAGUCUCUUGAGCUCUGUGGGGCACCGUGGGCCAAGGAAGGAAUUGUGAAGCAUAAGUGUCACCUCGAGGGUGUUGACAAGCGAUCCAAGGACCGGAAUUGGAACGACUGCUUCGCUGUGAUCGAGAAAGGGUGGAUGAGACUCUUCUCUUUCUCCGCGAGUGCCAAAUCAUUGCGGCAUAAGGCUCGGACCCCCAAGGCCGGAGCAGUGGUGGGGGGUGGCAACUGGCAAGACAAUGCCGAAGAAGUUUGGAAGUUCAUGCUUCGUCACACGAUUGCCAGUUCGCUUCCGCCCCCUGGAUACUCGAAAGCACGGCCGUAUGUGUGGGCUUUGAGUCUGCCAACCGGAGCGGUGCACCUGUUUUCGGUAGGGACACCCGAAAUUGUCAAGGAGUUUGUCCACACGGCCAACUACUGGAGUGCCCGACUGUCGAAAGAACCAAUGAUGGGCGGCAUCAGCAAUAUGGAGUAUGGCUGGAGCGACUCGGUGGUAAAUCGACCACUACCCGGGUCCGAUGGUCCUCCCGUGACCAACAACGCAGUCACCACUCCUCGACCUAGCACUCAAAUGUCGAUGCGGAGCUCUUUGGAGCACGUUGGGGGUGUGCGAGCAAGGCUGGCGGGUGAUAGGGCUCACAUUAAUGAAUGGAGCCCUCCUCAGCAGUCCAUGUUUGCAUCACAGUUGUUGGAAGUGGAUCAACUCAAAGCGUUGCAAACAUAUGUGAACAAUGUGGAAGAUGAACUUCAAAAGCACAACGAGCUGCGAGGGAUGAUGUUGGUCGCAUUCACGACUAAGCAUCCUAACUCGACCAAAGCCAUGAACAAUUGGGAGAAGAAAAGCAGCUAUCUUCUGAGAGAGAUUGUCAAAUUCCGGACAUAUAUCGACACUCUCCAGAAUGCACAAGCCACAAAGGGAAAGAUCUACCAGACGCGAAAAGAGGAAGGGGAUGCGCAACGGGGGGAGAUCGACUCACGCAGUAUUGAGGUCGAAUAGAGAGACUGCUCCUGUUGCCACUCUACUGUAUUUAUAUCCAACGAAUUAUGACUUAUGAUGGAUUUGUCGUGUAGGCAACGGUUGGUCGAUGAGCAU